AUGUCCUCAUUCUCAUCCACAAUCAUACAAUUUUGUUUUGUGACUGGUGCUGGUGAGACGAUGUUCAGCAUGAAGCAACACGUUUUCCUUCUUGUCGUCGCUGUUGUCGCCACUCUCUCAGACGGCAAGAAGGUCGUCAUGUUUCCUGGUCUAAUCAAAAGUUAUUUCCUCUACCACGCCAACAUAGGCCAGGCUCUGAUAGACCUGGAUCACGAGGUGUGGAUCUUCAUGCCAGAGUACCUGAGAAACUCGAGCUUGAUCAAACAUAAAGACAUCAAAAUCCUGUCAUACGGCGAAAAUCUCGGCGACGCUGAGACCCUUCUGUUAAUCAAUACAAGUCGAAUUGCUGAAUUCUGGGCAGGACAUGAUGAGAACUUUAAUACGUAUCUACAUGCAUCAAACGUAAUGAAAGAAUACAUUAAUCAAGUUUUAUCAAGGCAAUCUUUAAUCAACUCAAUUAAAAAUGUAAAUCCUGAUUUUAUGGUCAUUGAUGGAUUUAAAUUAAUCAGAAAUAUUUUUGUUCUUCCGUACAAGCUGGGUAUUCCCUUUGCUGUAAUUGGCACUGAGCAUGAUCUACUUAUGCAUAGAGUGCCAUUUAGCCCCGCUGUAGAAGCAAGAGUACCGUACAGAGUUAACAACAGAAUGAACUUUUAUGAAAGACUAACCUCCACCUUACGUACGGUUCUAGAGCUAAGCUAUGACGUAUUCUCUGAUAGUGACAUCGUGACUAGAAUAGCACCAGAAAAACCCUACACGACAAUUGGUGAUAUUAUAUUAAAAGCUGAAUUUUUUAUUGCCGAACUUGAUCACAUCUUAGAUUAUCCCAGACCAAUGUUACCCAACACAAAGCUGAUUGGUGGAUCUUCUGUCAGUGAGCCAAAGCCUUUGAUUGGUCAGUUUAAACAGUUUGUUGAUAAAUCAACCAAUGGGAUUGUCGUUGUGUCUUUUGGAAGUAACGACAUUUCAUUUCCUGAACAUAUUUUAACCAAACUGUCGUCUGCUUUUGAACAACUAGAUUUUGACGUCAUUUGGAGAGUCAACUUGACGUCCCCUGUUCCAACCAAAAUUAUGACGUCACACUGGAUUCCCCAGAAUGACCUACUUGGUCAUCCAAAGACCAAAGUCUUUGUUUCCCAUUGUGGUAAAAAUGGCCAAUACGAGGCUUUGUAUCAUGCUGUGCCUAUCCUCUGUCUGCCUAUAUUCGGUGACCAGUUUUAUAAUUCUAAAAGAAUUCAGGUCAAAGGUUACGGCUUGCAGAAAGACAUUCGACACAUUUCCAAAGAGGAACUCACCAUUGCUAUCAAACAACUAGUCUAUGACAGCAAAUACAAAGGAAAUAUCGAGAAAGCAUCUAAACUAUUCAAGGAACUUUACAAAGUUCCAUCCAAAGAAGCCGCUUACUGGAUAGAUCACGUGAUGAAGUAUGGCGGAGACUAUAUAAGGUCAUCGGGACAGGAAAUGCCGUUGUAUCAAUUUCUUCUUCUUGACGUCAUCGCUUUUAUAACGUUUGUUUCAACUAGUCUUUUCAUUUUCUUUAUUGUUACUGUCAUGUUUGGUUACAAAUUGUUGCUUAAAUACCGAAAAUACAAGACAAAACUAGAAUAA